AUGCGUUUCCCAAAACUUCCGGCAAAGGCCGCAUACAUCCAUCUCAAUAACCCCGCUCGACGCAAUGCCUUGAGCCUCGAGGUCCUGGAAGACCUCCGCUCACAGCUCCUCCGCAACCUCACAUCACCUAAAAGCGGCCGUCUUCUGACCCUUCCGCCCUUCAAAUCAGGAAUUCUACGAGACCUGGAGGCAGCUAGCGAUUCGACCAGUGUUGGAUCGAAAGAGAAAUCCGGACACAACUGGCUAGUAGAUGCCGAUGCGUGGGCCGAAGAGCGGGCAGGCCUUCCGAAUGUGCUUGUCCUCCGCAGUUCCGGUCUCGUCUUUUCAUCAGGCCAUGACCUUAAACAGCUUGCCUCGCUCUCCCGAGCCGAAGUGAAGCAUACAUUCUCUCUUUGCGCCGAAGUAAUGUCCCUCAUUCGUCGCAGUCCAGCGCCUGUCAUCUGUCCCAUACAUGGGCUAGCAACUGCGGCCGGCCUGCAGCUCGCGUUGUCUACGGACUAUCCCAUUGCGCUUUCUACCGCCAAGUUUCAGCUUCCAGGCGCAAGCAUCGGGCUCCCGUGUACAAGUCCUGCGACUGCUGUCUCUCGUCGCCUACCGCCGGGUCAGACAUAUCGAAUGCUAUUGAUGGCGGAAGCUGUCACCGCUGAUGCGAUGAAAGGCGCGGUAGAUGUUGUACAGGAACCUGAACACGCAGAAUCCACGGAUACUGCCGCCGCGGCGUUUGAGGGUCGCGUGAAGGAGGUGGUAGAUCGGUUGGCAGGCUCCGCAGGGCAACCCAUGGCUUUUGGUAAAUGGGCAUACUGGACACAAAUCGGGAUCAAAGGAGACGCAGCCGAGAUGGGAGGUGAUGGGUAUGAGGAUGCGGCGAACUGGGCAGGGCGGGUCAUGGCUCUGCAUGCGAGAAGUGCGGAUGCGAGGGAAGGCAUCACGGCAUUCAUGGAAAAGAGAAGACCCGAAUGGAGGACAUGA